AUGGAGUCCACUACGGAGCCUACGGGGCCCAUCAUGGACCCUAACCACGGCCCUCUCAGAAACCUCGAUUUGUGGUGUGACUGGACUGGUAUCCCAGAAGACCCAGUGUCUAUCACAAUCGCCAUGGAGCUACAUGCCCGCGGUCAUCCCAACCUCAAUCUACCAGUCCUCAACGUGCAGUCGCCAAACAUCGUCAAAAGGCCGUCUUGGUUUAUCCGGUUGAAGCCUGAGCUCGCCCACUAUGACAUUCCGCCUGAGCAGGAGUUUUGGCCUAGCCAGGAAUAUGGUGACGCCGAGAGAUACCCUGCCAAAAAUCCCUCUAUCUCUCCCUCUGGGAGUGUUGUUGUUCAUGACGGUUCGCGGGAUAACGACCCUGUCUCUCGCCGUGUUGUGGAUAUCUCGGCCCAGUUUGAUAGCUCGGAUAGCUCAACCUCUUCUAACUCUCGCAAGAGCCAGAGCCAGGUCGACAGCCUUGGUAGCCUGAAUUCCCCCAACCCCCGUAAGAGAUCUGCUAAGGCUGCCUCUCUACCUGAUUCAAUCCCUCCUGACGAUGACUACCAAGGCACCCGACACAAACUCACGGUGACCAAGAUCGACCUGCCUGGAUUGGAACCUGUGUCCCAAGACACCAGCACCACCACCAAUAUCAUCAGUUCUAGCCCUUGCCCUAUUCGCAGACUUUCUGCCAGUCUGGAAGAAACCAGCGUGACCAAUGAGAACAUUCCGCCUCAAGCCUCGGCUCCGAAUCUUGUGCCAGAUUCCCAGGUUACAUCUGAGCAUCUUUCGCUAAACAGCAAGAAAGUGACAGUUGACGUUGAAAAUGAAAUCCCUCUUUGUUACAAUAGAGAAACUCGCAGUGAGAUUGACUUGGCCAACACCGAGCCGCUCACCGAAGCGAAUUUGCGAGUGCGGAAUUAUGAUACACUUUCUACUCGUGUGUGCAACGGAAGCCUUUCUGAAACCGAAGAUAGUAACAAAGAAAAGGAGGAUCUGCUUCUUUCCCUUGAAUCCAUUGGCUCGCCAUCGUUCUUUUCGGGUCAUCAUGAACUCCCUCUCCCCCGGACAUCUGCGGAAAUUGCCAACAAGCCAGAGCUUGUCUUGGACAAUGACAUUCUUUACCUACAGACCCCUCCCAGUAUCUACUCCGCGACAUACCAAAUCGCGAUUUACCUCAAGGUCAGGCUGCAGAAAGGAAAAUCGAGGGAUUGGUGGGAGUUGGUUGUGAGUGGAUUGCCUCGACUGGUCCAAUUCGAGUCUUAUUAUCUCUACUUCCGAACACCCCCAGGCCAGGGAAUGGAAUUCAUGACUUCGUCUUUCAAACGACAUACGCUUGUGGAAAGCUGCUUGAUGGCCCAGUUCGACGGUGGAAAAAGCCUCGUGGUUCCGUUCCGUAAGUGCAAUGCACAAUUCUACGGGCCACUCAAGGAUCACAAAGUCAACACAGUCAUACAAUCCGAGGUGGAGGAGGUUGAUCCGUCGUCCUAUAUGAUCAAAUACAAUGCCGUUUGCUCCAUUGAUCUCGUCAAUCACAAUUUCUGGGCUGAGAAGUGUCAAUUUGACCUUGUUGUGCAUGGCGGCCCGGAAGGCGAGUUUGAGGCCAAUUUUGAAGCUCAGAAACCUCUGAUAAACACCAUUCGACUGCAACCAGCACUAGCACCAGAUUUAGAUGGGAUUGGACUCUCGCGCAUUAAUAUCACCAGCAUCCCCCAAGCUCUGGACAUGUUCACAGUGUCAUGGGAAGUCAAAUUGCCACGGGGAAAGGCUUACACCUGGUUGCCAUGGAUUAAGACCAGGUACAGUGACGUUGAAACCAUUCUCCUAGAAGAUUACGCCCUUUCUGGCCCCGCCCAUGAGUAUCUCUCUCCGAUACACCAGGGGGUUGGUACUAGGUGCCAAGAUCCAUGGUGUCAACUGGGAGUUGGGCUUAACCAUUUUGAGCCCCCAGUUGAGAAAACUCCACAUCUUUAUGAUGGGUUCGGAAUUCACGAUACUGGGGUGUUUAAUCCAUUCUCCGAGGACUCAGCUUCAUAUCUCCAACGUAAAGCUCUUCUCAAGACUGCGCCUCCACUGACUGCACCUCUAUUUAAGUCUGCAAGUACCCAGACCUUCGUUGGGGAGAUUCCAGCCCCCAAGUCUACAAAGACCGAGACUCCAGUCGCUGAAUCAAAGCCAAAGAAGCCACACCGUGUUGUACGUGGACUGUGGACUCUGAUCAAGUUCUUCUUCCAUCUAUUUGCUUUCUUGGCGUCUGUCCACACCCUCUACUGGUCGUACUUGCUGCACAAUUGCGGGUUCCGUUUCGACCCCUAUGAUUUCCCCACCUCGUGCCCCCAAAAGGAAGUGUAUGUCUAUCUGGGCUACGCAGAGAAUGUCACCAAUGCUGAUGUGGGGAAAGAGGCGAACACGGUCCUGGAGGAGUUUGUUCUUCAGCCUGAGCUGAUUCGAUCUGAAGUUCAGUCUAUCAACACCACACCUGCCGAAAUUACCCCAGUGCCUCUGAGAGACCGCAUUGAUUACCUUCUCGGAUGGCGAGGACCAAUUGCGAGGGAAUAA